AUAUUUUUGCGGCAUUCGAGCGAGGUCCGUGAGUGUAGUCGGAUUAAAAUAAAAAAAUAUAUUUUUCUACAAAAACGAAUUUUAUUUUGUUCGUAACUGAUUUACUCUCUCACUUUUUUGUAUAUUGUGUGUAUUUUAAACGGAAGCCGCGCGCGAUAGUUACGUCACGCGAGCUGAUCAAGUUUCCUAACCGAUCUAAAAAUAAGAACUAGCGAAAAUCCUUCAACGAAAAAGAAUUAUUAAAGAAGAAAAUUUUCAGUUAUUUUUUGUUUUGCUUUUUCUUAAAAAAAAAUAUUUGAAAAAACAGAAGUUUUACGAAAUUAUUGGUGUGUGUCUGUUAAUAUUUAUUUUGUUUCGAUUUAUCGUUAUCCUACUAAGUGUUAAUUUGGAUUAUUACAUAAAAAAGUGUGUGAGUGAUCCAAAUAAAAUCGACUUAACUGUUUUAUGCGGAUACUGUUGGUGAAUCGCCAGUUGAUUUCAGUGUUCAUUGAGAAGGUUUAUCGUACGACGAUUUUGAUAAAAAAGAAUUUUUAGGAUCUGAGAAAUGGCUCAACUUAUAACCGUCCGUCUAAGUCGAGUUGAUGCCCAGCCGUGGGGAUUACGUCUUCAAGGCGGAAAAGAUUUUGGAACACCAUUGGUCGUUCAGAAAGUCAAUAUCGGUAGCAUUGCAGACCAAGCUGGUUUAAUUGCCGGCGAUUCCGUAAUUAAAGUGAACAAUGUAGAUGUAUUUAGUCUCCGACACAAAGACGCACAAGACAUAAUUGUUCGGUCGGGUAAUUCCUUUGAAAUUACAAUACAACGCGGUGGAUCAACAUGGAGACCGUCCGUAACGCCAACUGGAGCCAUACCAAGCCCAACACCAUCGUAUGGCAAUCAAAUCAACACAGUGACGAAGACUUCACUGGCUCAUAAGCAGCAAGAGUCUCAACAUAUUGGAUGUGGAUACAAUAAUGCUGCACGACCAUUUCAAAAUGGUAGUGAACCAGUUAAGAGCAUCGUCAACAAACAAUACAACACUCCAGUUGGUAUUUACAGUGAAGAAUCUAUUGCUGAAACAUUGUCUGCUCAAGCUGAAGUUUUGGCUGGUGGAGUGUUAGGGGUCAACUUCAAGAAAAACGAAAAAGUUUACAAUUCGGCCGGUUCCGAAGUGUUAAAAGCUUUACAAGAAUCAGAGAAUGAUCCCGCCGAACCAGCCGGAACAAAUUUUUACUGGACGGCAAGCCAUGCAGUUGGAGGAGCUGCAUCAUCGCGUUCACAUACGCCGAGCCAAUUUCAAGGAGCCGCUGAAUCGAAUAAGAAUGGAAAUGGGAAACAAGAAGAUGUUAAAUCUGAUGUUCGUAACGUUGUACCCGUACAACCGAAACCAGUAACAGCCAAACCUAUCCAAGCACCAGUAACAGCUAAACCCAUUCAAUCGCCAGUAGUACCUAAGCCUGAACAAUCGCCUAAGGUUUCACCAUGCGAUGAAUGCGGAUCAUCGAUUCCUGGAGUGUUUGUUCGAAUCAAGGAUAAAAAUCUACAUGUUGAUUGUUUCAAGUGUGCCACAUGCGGUACAUCAUUGAAAAAUCAGGGAUACUUUAACUUGAAUAACAAAUUGUAUUGCGAUGUGCAUGCCAAAUUGGCAGCCGUAAAUAAUCCUCCACCCGGUACAGAGGGAUAUAAGCCUGUACCAAUUGGACCAAAUACGAAAUUAAGUGCAAGUACGAUCUCAGCUGCUCUGAGCGCUCAUCAUGGAAAUUUGCCACAUCAAAAUGGAACAUCUCACAAUAACAACCAUGAUUAUUUGUUGCCAAAUCAUUCACGCACUAGCAGUGCUGCAUCGUCGUUCGGUAGCUCUUAUGUUAGCAGUACCGAUUCGAAUAAAGCAUCGCCAUCGACAGUUUCGCCGGUACACUCACGCCAAGGCAGUCAGAAUUCGACCACUAGCAAUCUGAGCCUAAACUAUCGACAAAAUGCCGACGAAAUUGAUAAAAAUGUGAUCAACGCCAGUUACCAUAAUAAUUCAACGUUACCGCGAUAUCAAAGUGUGUUUAAUGCGGAAAUAAAAGGAUACUACAACGACAAUAAUCAAAAGUCCAGCAUUUUGGACGAUAUAAAUGCGAAAGAAAUGGCAAUUGUCGAUGGGGGUUUUAAUGGGAAAACAAGCGGACAUGACGAAUCGAUCUAUGGUACGAUUCGGAACACCGAUGAAAAGGGGAAAGAAAGUGAGGACGUAAUUUAUCGAACGAUGGAUGGAGGCGUUAUUCGUAGUGUACAUCCACCUGGUAAAGGAAAGGGAACUAAAUAUCAGUUACCCUCGAAUCUGGGAUCUCCCAAACCAUACUCGUAUGGUUCUGGUCCUCCUCCAGCUGGACCGAAAAGUCCAUCGUCAUAUCCACCACCAAAUUGGUCGCAGCCUAAACAACAGGCAUAUGCGCCUCCACAGCAGACGUAUGCUCCACCACAACAGACGUACGCUCCACCGCAGCAAACGUAUGCUCCACCGCAGCAGACGUAUGCUCCACCGCAGCAGACGUAUGCUCCACCGCAGCAAACGUAUGCUCCACCGAAGCCUACGUAUGCUCCACCACAAAAUUAUUCGUCGCCAGCAUCCAAUUUCAACAACAACAACUUUGGAUCAAACACCUUGCCACGGUCCGUUGGCCAAUCAGCUCCAGAUGUACCUCAUGAAAAGACUGAAUCUGUUCAAAAGCCAGUCGCUGUUACAGUUUCAUCGGCUUCAACGAUCGAGGAAACUAAAUCUAGUUCAUUUGCAACUCAAUCACAACAAUAUCAAAGUACAGUUUCAACAACAAUUCCGACAGUUCAAGAACCACGCCGUGAAACAGUUUCGGUGCCUAGUCAGUCAUUGGAAUCACCUGAUAAGCGAGAACAUCAACGUGCUGUCAGUCCUUACAGGGCUCAUACGCCAUCUUUGAUUAAUAAGCCUGCUCCCGCUAUACCAUACUAUCAACAGAAUUUGGUAGCUGAAGAAUGUUCAGCAACCUCAUCGCUUUUAUUCGAUCCACGAACUCAGUCCCCUCGUCCAGACGGUUGUAAAUCGCCAGCUCCAGGUCCUCCACCAAAUCCAUUACGCAUUCACGCACCCAGAAUCAAGAGUCCUGACCCAGCCGAACAAUAUGACACAGUUACACAAACCAUUGACACUGGCAUCAGUAAUCAGUUUCAAGCUCAAUCAGCUGGAAAAUUGUUGUCUCAACAUCAAACACUCAAUCAAUCUGGCAUGCAAAGUUAUGUUGUUAAACCGGAGAUUGUACAACAGUCUCAAUUGGGUAAUUUGAGCAUCCAGUCACGAUCUAAUCAGAGUGAAUUAAAUGAGCAAAAACGUUCUGACUUUCAAAAUUCAAGCACAACUCAAAUAGGAAACACCCAAAUCCAGCGAAAUACUCGCGUUGUAGAGGAAUUUGAACAUUCACAAAAAGCCAAGACAGUUGAAGUUUAUAAAUCCACCGGACGUCCACCAAUUCGUUCAAUCACAGCUGAACCGACGACUCCUAAAACAUCUUGCUUUUUGCAAAAGUCAGGACAAACCGAUCUAGAAAAUGCUGAAGAAAAAAUUAGCAUUAAAAGUUCUGGUCCUGGAUUCGUUGCUAGAGAAGCACGUAGACUGUCCACAAACUCCCAAUAUAAAGCUGAUCUUGCCGAAUAUCAAUCUACUUUCCCUCAAUUCAGUUGUGAAACACCUCCUUGUGCGUUUCCUACCAAAAGUUUCCAUCCCAUUUUAGAGGAGCCAAAGUUCCAAACAUACAACGUGAAUAAACGCGCCGGGGCUCCAGCUCCUCCACCAGGUUAUCAGCAAAUUUCUAAACCAAUUCUAACAAAGAGCACGCAACAUUUGUCAAAUAAACUAGCACAAAUCACUGAAUCAUCCGCAUCAUCCACACUAACAUCAGCCACAACAGCAAUGACACAACCUGUUUCCUCUUCCACACCUUAUAAACCUCCAAUUGCUAUUCCUGUUCCCGCCUUUAAACCACCAAUGACCAGUGCCAAUGAUUUUAAACCAAGUCAAUCAGCGGCAAAUAACUUUAAACCCACUCCAUCCUCUGGUCCUGGCUUCAAGCCGCCUAAUACAACAAUCCCCAGUGCUGUUGUGAGUAAUCCCACCCCUGCCAGUGCAGGUCCCAACAAAGGAUUAACUUUCGGCGCUACAUCGGCACCAAAACGCGGACGAGGAAUUUUGAGCAAAGGCCCAGGACCCGGUGGACGUGUUCCACAGUGCGGAUGCUGUAAUGCCCAGAUCAGAGGGCCAUUCAUCACAGCUCUUGGCCGUAUUUGGUGCCCUGAUCAUUUCGUUUGCGUUAGUCAGAGCUGUAGACGUCCACUCGCUGAUAUCGGUUUCGUAGAAGAGAAAGGCGAUUUGUAUUGCGAAUACUGUUUCGAAAAAUAUCUAGCUCCACCAUGUGAUAAAUGUGGUGCUAAAAUAAAGGGCGACUGUUUGAAUGCCAUCGGAAAGCAUUACCAUCCCGAAUGUUUCGUCUGCACGUAUUGCGGCAAACUGUUCGGUAACAGUCCGUUCUUCUUGGAAGAGGGACAGGCGUAUUGCGAAGCUGACUGGAACGAACUAUUCACAACGAAAUGUUUCGCUUGCGGUUUCCCGGUAGAGGCUGGUGAUCGUUGGGUCGAAGCCCUGUCACAUAACUAUCACAGCCAGUGUUUCAACUGCACGAUGUGUAAAAAGAAUUUAGAAGGACAAAGCUUCUUUGCCAAGGGUGGACGUCCAUACUGCAAGAAUCAUGCUCGUUAAUUUUUGAUUAAUUUUUUUUUCUCGAACAUAUAUGUCCCGUAUGAUGAAAAAUGAAAAAUGGACUCUUCAGUGGGGGCGAACACUGGACAUGAGAGGCGCUACUUAAAUGUUAUACUUGCAUGCUAAAAAUAAAAAUUCUAUUUUUUUUUCAUUUGUAAAAUUCAUUUUAUUUUUAAAUUAAAA